AUGGCGAGCGAGGAGGGCCAGCUCAGGACGCGGGUGUCCGACCGUCUGAUCGCGCUCCUGGGCUACUCCGAGGCCAUGGUUGUGCAGCUGGUACUCCGCCUCGCGCGGGACAGCGAAUCGGCGGCGGACCUGGCGGCACAGCUCGUCAACCUGGCGGAGCUCCCCUCCUCCUCCGACACCGUCGCCUUCGCCGAGGACGUGCACGCCAUGUUCCCACGCAAGGCCGCCGCCGGGGCCAGCGAAUACCAGAAGCAGGUAAGGGAGGCGGCGGCGUUCGCCAAGAAGCAGACCACCUUCAAGCUGCUCGACGAGAACGACGACCAAGAUAAUGCGGCCGCCCCGUCCUCCUCCGAAAACAACAGCAACGGCAAGAAGCGUUUCAUCAGGAGGAAGGGCACGAGCCAAGGGGGGGACGACGACGACGACGAGGCAGCUGCAAUGCACCACGAUUCAGAGCGGAACGUGCGGCCGCGCCGUGGUCCGGCGGAGGAGGCCGGCAGCGAUUCAUCAGAUGAGGAAGAACUAGAAGAGAUUGACCGCGACCAGAUCGAGAGGGCUCAGCUCGAUCGGCGCAUCAGGGAACGUGACGCAGCCAACACGAGGAAACCGAUGAUGGACCGAAAGCCCACCAGGCACCAACAUGACGAGCUCGCCCGACGGUCCGAGGCGCUGCUGAACACGCGCCACAUCUCCGAGCUCAGGGAUUCCUCCAAGUACGCCUACCGGCAGAAGCGGGCGGAGAAGAAGGUGCUGGAGUUGCGGGACAAGAUCCUCGACCACGAGUACUUGUUCCACGGCGACGAGCUGACGCCUGCCGAGAAGAGAGACCACAGGCUCGAUAUGGAAAUCUACAAUCUUGUCAAAGAUCACGCUAAAAAAGACGACGAUGCCGGCGAUUACUACAGGAUACCCGAGGCUUACGACGCCGCAGGAAACGUUCAUCAGGAGAAGCGGUUCGCCGUGGCGACGCAGCGGUACAAUGAUCCUGACAAAGCGGCGGGAGACGGCAACAAGAGGAGCUAUUUCUCAGAGCAGGACUGGGAAGAGCAGCAGAUAAGGAAAUCUCGGCUGCAGUUCGGAUCAAAUACUGCUGGACGGGCCGGCGAUGGCUACGAGCUUCUCUUCGAUGAUGCGGUCGACUUCGUCAAGUCGUCCGUGCAGAUUGAUGCCGACGGCGAGAUGGACGAACUGGCCGAGGCCAUUGAUGCGAAGGUCACACUGAAGAGGGAGCUGCAAGACGAGAGGAAGAAUCUGCCCGUGUACAAGUUCAAGGACGAUCUGCUCAAGGCCAUCGAGGAGUACCAGGUGCUCAUCAUAGUCGGAGAGACCGGGUCCGGCAAGACCACGCAGAUACCGCAGUACCUCCACGAGGCCGGGUACACGGCCAAGGGGAAGAAGAUCGCGUGCACGCAGCCGCGGCGCGUGGCGGCAAUGAGCGUGGCGGCGAGGGUGGCGCAGGAGAUGGGCGUCAAGCUCGGGCACGAGGUCGGCUACUCCAUCAGGUUCGAGGACUGCACCUCGGAGAGGACGGUGAUCAAGUACAUGACCGACGGGAUGCUCCUCCGCGAGUUCCUCGGCGAGCCGGACCUGGCGAGCUACAGCGUGGUGAUCGUGGACGAGGCGCACGAGCGCACGCUCUCCACCGACAUCCUUUUUGGCCUCGUCAAGGACAUCGUCCGCUUCCGGCCCGACGUGAAGCUGCUCAUCUCCAGCGCCACGCUCAACGCCGUGAAGUUCAGCGACUUCUUCGACGGGGCUCCGAUCUUCAAGAUCCCCGGGAGGCGGUACAAGGUGGACAUCCACUAUAGCGUUGCGCCGGAGGCGGAUUACAUCAAGGCCGCCGUGGUGACGAUCCUGAAGCUGCACGUCACGGAGCCCGCCGGCGACAUCCUGCUGUUCCUCACGGGGCAGGAGGAGAUUGAAACGGUGGAGGAGAUCCUCAAGGAAAGGAUGAGGACACUUGCCAGCAAGAUGGCGGAGCUGCUGAUCUGUCCGAUCUAUGCGAACCUGCCCACGGAGCUCCAGUCCAAGAUAUUCGAGCCGACGCCGGAGGGCGCCCGGAAGGUGGUCCUGGCCACCAACAUCGCCGAGACAUCGCUGACCAUCGACGGGAUCAAGUACGUGAUCGACCCAGGGUUUUGCAAGAUCAAGUCGUACAACCCGCGCACGGGCAUGGAGUCGCUGCUCCGCGCGCCCAUCUCCAAGGCAUCGGCGGACCAGCGCGCCGGCCGGUCGGGGCGCACGGGCCCCGGCAAGUGCUACCGCCUCUUCACGGAGUACAACUUCAGGAACGACCUUGACGACGACACGGUGCCGGAGAUCCAGAGGAGCAACCUGGCCAACGUGGUGCUGAGGCUAAAGGCGCUCGGGAUCAACGACCUGGUGAACUUCGACUUCAUGGACCCGCCGGCGUCGGAGUCGCUGCUCAAGGCGCUGGAGGAGCUCUUCUCCCUCGGCGCGCUCAACGGCCGCGGCGAGCUGACAAAGACCGGGAGGAGGAUGGCGGAGUUCCCCCUUGACCCCAUGCUCUCCAAGGCCAUCGUCGCGUCGGAGAAGUACAAGUGCUCGGAGGAGGUGGUGACCAUCGCGGCCAUGCUGUCGGCCGGGAACGCCGUCUUCUACCGGCCCAAGGACAAGCAGGUGCACGCGGACACGGCGCGGCAGGCGUUCAACGUCGGCAACGUCGGCGACCACGUCGCGCUGCUCAACGUGUACAACGCGUGGAAGGAGUCGAGCUACUCGCCGCAGUGGUGCCGCGAGAACUUCGUGCAGUCGCGCACCAUGAAACGCGCGCGAGAUGUGAGAGACCAGCUGGAGGCGCUGCUGGAGCGGGUGGAGAUCGAGCCCUGUUCCGGCGCCGGCGACCUCGCCGCGAUCAGGAAGGCGAUCACGGCGGGUUACUUCCGCAACGCUGCACGGCUGCAGAAGGACGGGUCGUACCGUGCCGGUAAGUGCCAGCAGAAGGUGUUCGUGCACCCCAACUCCGGGAUGGUGCAGGUGCUGCCGCCGUGGGUGGUGUACCACGAGCUGGUGCAGACUAGCAAGGAGUACAUCCGGCAGGUGACGGAGCUCAAGCCGGAGUGGCUGGUGGAGAUCGCACCGCACUAUUACCAGAGCAAGGACAUCCACGAGCACCAGACAAAGAAGAUGGCCAAGGCCAAAGGUCAAGCGGAAGCACAAUCUAAAACUGAAUAA